AUGUGUCCACCUCACUUUUGCCCCCUCUGUCAAAAUCAUCAAUCCUUUAGCGCAUUUGUAAGUCUUUAUAAACAUAUUCGUUCGAUUCAUCGAAAUGAUAAAACUUUUAAUAUUCGUUGUUCACUAAAUCCUGGUUGUGGCUCGGUUUAUACCACUUUUGAGAGCUACCGUAGCCACCUGAAUCGGUAUCAUCGCGAUUUGUUGAAUGAUUAUAGUAUACCAAUUGAUCACUCACUUAAUAUGACUGAACAUCCAUCUUCAUUAUUAUUUUCAAAUAUGAAUAUCAUUCAAGAUAAAGAAGAUGAACCUUUUGUUGAACAAGAAAAUUCAGAUGAAGAUGAACUGGAGAAGUUCGAAGAUAUACGAUCAAGUGAAAAUAAUAUACCUUGGCCAUUAUCAACAGGUUUAAUUAAUGAAGAGGAUGAUAUUGAACAAUUUACAGUUAAUUCAUUUGAAAAGCAUUAUGUUCGUUUUCUGCUUGAUCUACGUGAAGGUCAUUUAUUGCCACAAAGCAUCAUUAAAUCAAUCACAAAUUAUUUUACAGCAGUGCUAAAUAUAUUAUUUAAAAUCAUUCAUCACCAAGCAACACAAUCAUCAAACAGUCUACUAAUCCCAUUAGCAGAUAUAGAAAAGUUGAUAUUACAAAUAAAAACUUCAAUGUGUAACAUCACCAAAAAUGAGCAUCAAUUUUCAAAACGUUGUGAAGAACAUUUUGGAUAUGUAGCACCAUGUGAAAUUAAAAUAAAUGAUCAAGGAGAUUGUGGUUAUUAUGUUCCGAUUGAGCGAAGCAUUAAAAAUUUAUUAAAUAAACCAGAUGUUAUCACUUAUUUAAUUGACAAUUUAAAUGAUAAUAUAGUACAGACAAAGAAAGACCCCGACCUAAUGUUGACAUAUCGUGAUGGUACUGAAGCGAAAGAUAAUUCUUUACUAAAACUUAAUCCUAAUGUAUUUUUAAUUCAAUUCUAUUCAGAUGGUAUCGGAGUAACAAAUCCAAUUGGUCCUAAAAAGGACGAGCAUAAACUUACAUUGUACUAUUUCGUUUUAGAAGAUUUACCAGAUGUUGUACGAUCUAUGUUACAAUCAAUUGGUCUUGUUGGAAUAUGUUGUACAAAAUAUUUAUCAUUAGAAACAAAUCGUAUAAAAUACUUUGAGCCUAUUGUAAAUCAUUUAAAUCAUUUACAAACUACAGGUCUGACUGUUCAAUCAUUCAAUGGCCAGCUGCACUUUGUAUUUAGCUUAUUGGCAGGCGAUAAUCUUGCAGCACAUGAGAUUGGUGGUUUUCAACGCAAUUUCAAUUCCGGCCAAUUCUGUCGUUUAUGUCAUAUAUCAUAUGAAUUCAGGUUGACUCCAUUAACAGAUAUUUCAUUUUUACCGCGUAGAGUGACCACACAUAACAUGUAUGUUCAACAAGCUGUAAAGUCAUUUAAUACGAAACCUGUUGCCGGUGUUGUGGGUGAAAGUCCUUUGUCACAUUUAAUUGGCUUUCAUCCUAUUAAAUCAUUGCCUAACGAUCUGAUGCAUGAUUUUGCUGAGGGUACACUCUGA